GGCCCAGUAUUAUUUAGUAGAAGGAGUUUCCCCCACUUAUGUAUUCACCCUUGUCUACCGACGGAAAAACAAAAAUAUGCUUUUGUAAUAAGUUAAUCCUUAAUCCAACCCUGGAUGGUGAAUGUAUCCUUCUUUUGCGAAGUCAUCAUUUCACUGUCAGAAUUGACAACUAAUGGUGCUGACUGCCAAAACUUUGUUGGCAUAAUAGUUCGUACCGACCAACAAAGUGUAUUCACAUAGAAGUUACAUACUUGAUCAAGAUUUAUCAUUGAGAUUAUCUCAAAAUGAUCACAUUAUCAUCUCAUAUUUACACCACAAUUUUUCGGGAUGAAGUUCGACUGCUAAAGCUCCUUCCUAACGUUAGUGGAGUUGAUAAUGCGGCCAUUAAAUGCGAUACUUACGUUGUGUCUCUUUCGACUCGCCCGCAGUAUGAAGCACUAUCGUACGUCUGGGGAGGCCAGGGUACUGAAAAGGACACCAUAUGGAUUGCGGGAACGAAGUUCGAAGUUACCAAAAAUUUGCAUAAUGCUCUCUGUAACCUCAGGCUACGAAAUUCAGUUAGGACGUUAUGGAUCGACCAGAUAUGCAUCAAUCAGGAUGACCCGGACGAGAAAUCUUGGCAAGUUCAGAUGAUGCUUGACAUAUAUCGCCUGUCACUUAGAUGUUUAGCCUGGAUGGGGGAGAUCCGAGAUGAUAUUGAAUUGACUGACGCAAAAGCGGGGUUGGAAUUUUGUGAAUACAUGGCGAUUCUAUCAGAAGUUGAAGAUGACAAAGAAGUCCCGGUUCCCACUUUUAUUGCGUCUUUAGAUCAUUUCAAACGCGCCAUGAGGGCGUUAAGGUCUAUUUCUAAUUCUGAAAAUCUGUGGUGGACUCGAAUCUGGACUGUGCAGGAAGCUGUUCUCCCGCCAAAUUUGUGUUUAGUCUGGGGCCCGUUGCAUUUGGAGUGGAAUGUAUUGAGCCAGGCAUCAGAAAAUUGGAUAUCUGGUACUAGACCCACACCUAUUCAUUAUGUCUUGAGUAAAACCAAUCUCGAUUUCUUGGAUGACUUGAUGUGCCAGGUGAUAUGGAUAACCAGCACCAAAUACCAGAGAGACCGAUAUCCUCUCGAUUUGAUGAUAAGAUGGCGUAUGAGAGGGGCAACGGACCCGCGAGACAAAGUUUUUGCGCUUCUGGGUUUGAUAGAAAAGGGACAGCUGCCAAAUAUGGGAGACUGCGAUUACAAAGGUCGAAGUUGCAACGCAUUAUGCGUCAAAUACCAUCGAUUUGAUAUCAUGCGAAUCAGAUUUGCGACCACUUGCCAUGGAACUCCGAAUACUAGAAGAUCCAACACCUGGGAUACCCCAUUGGGCCCUAGACUUGAAAGCCUGUCCAAGUAACAGCGAGGGGUACUACCCAUUGCAUGGAUAUCCUCAUUAUAAUGCAGCAAACGACCGCCCGAUGGACCGGGAGCUCUUGCUGAAUUCCGCUGCAAAGACAAAAAUGGUGCUAUCGCUGAAAGGGAUUCUAGUCGAUACCAUAAAAUUUGUUGAGGGACCACAGUAUGCACCAAGUAAGAAUAUAUCCAAUGAGAAACUCGUUCAGACUUUGUCUACAUGGGCUGUUCUUGCGAACUGCAGCUCUGGAAUUGAUCGGCAGCAGGCUUUUGGUCGGAUGCUCAUUGGAGAUUUUGUCCGGAAUGACCAGGAUUGGGUACUAUCACGAGCCUCCUCUGGUGAUGCUCAUGAUGCUUUUGCAUUUGCUACAAGUGGACGGCCACCUCCCAAUGCUGCUCGACAGACAAUAUGGCGUAUGGUGAAAGAUGCUUCAUUUUUUAUUACAGAAAAAGGCGCAAUAGGACUUGGAAAUCGAGAAACAAAGCCUGGAGACGAGAUUUGGAUAUUCUAUGGAGGGAAAAUGCCAUUUACCAUUAAGAAACGGGUUGAUAACCCAGUUGAAUACGAUUUUAUUGGAAGAUGUUAUGUCGAUGGAAUCAUGUUUGGUGUCACGGCGCCAACUACAUGUUCUGUAGUUGCCUUCGUGCCUUAGGCACGGACUACUAGCGUGCCCUGCUUCCUAUAAGUAGGGCCUCACUCUUCCAUAGCUCUUCCACCCUUAUAAUACAAUAUACA